GCGGACAUUCGGCUCGUCGUCAGUCGGGAUAUCGGCCGAUGCGACCGGUGUUGUAGGUGUCGGUGCGCCCCCACAGUCCGCGGCAACUCUUCGCCCCGCUUAGUCGAGCACUCGAAGGGAACGCGCGGCAGCCCCGGUAUCGAUCUGAGCGCUUCGUGUGGCCGCUCGUGCACGACGCUCUCUCGGGAUAUUCGCCCAGCGGUCGCCGUCCGCGCCGGCCUUGCUGCCCUGUUUACGCGCUGUGUGUUUCCCCGCGCGAUGUCCAGCGAGACUGAUUGCUAACGCGACACGCAGUAGCUAGACACCUGAGAGCCGCUUCGGCUCAUCGCCGCUCUAUUUGAUCGAUCUCGUGCAGCGAAACUUAGAGGAAUCAAAAUGGGUUGCUUCGUCAGUAAAGACAAACUCACCAAGGAGGACAUGGACUUCCUCAAGACCCACACGUCGUACGACGAGACCACCAUCAAGGAGUGGUACAAAGGUUUCAAGCAAGACUGCCCCAAUGGAAGACUAACGCCCGCCAAGUUCGUGGACAUGUACAAGAUGUUCUUCCCCUCGGGCAACGCUGUUGAGUUUUGCGACCACGUGUUCCGCACAUUCGACAUGGACAAGAACGGAUACAUAGACUUUAAGGAAUUUCUGCAGGCGAUUCAUGUAACAUCGAGCGGCACUCCUGAGGAGAAGCUGAAGUGGGCUUUCCGCAUGUACGACGUGGAUGGAAACGGGGUCAUUGAUAUCCAGGAGAUGACCAAGAUUGUUCAGGCGAUCUAUGACAUGCUUGGCGCGUGCUCAAGUAACAGGCCGGCCGAUUCCGCCGAGGAGCGUGCCAAGAACAUCUUCGCCAAGAUGGACGAGAACAACGACGGGCAACUCACGCAGGACGAGUUCCUCAAGGGCUGCCUCCAGGACGAGGAGCUGUCCAAGAUGCUUGCGCCCUAAGCGCCAGAGCGGCAACCCUUACCCGCCCCUACCCUUGUACAAACAGCAUCACCAUCUGAUGCAUUCAUAAGUCAUAACAGUUUGAGCUACCUGUAAGAACAUCAAAUUCCAAUUGCAUUCCAUUCGAUUUGAUAACUCGCAGUUUGGUUUUAUAUCAAAGAACUGCUGGUUGCAUAACCAAAUUCUGAUUCGAAAAAGUAAAUUUCUGCUAGUUACAGAGCUUUUGUGGAUGCGUUGAUGGUAACAUUAUCGUAGAUUUUCAAAGCACACCGUAACAUUUGAACUUGAAACCUGUAAUGUGAGUGUUUGCCUAGAACUCAGAAACGUAAGAGUGAUGCUGUUUGUACCUUACGAUCCCCGUGGCUCUCUGUCCACACGACAGCAUACAGCUGCGUUCCAAUACUGAUGUGUUAUUUGCGAACUUUCUCACAACUAUCACACUAGUACCAACCAACCUCCAUAUACACCCCAACUGAUUUUUAUCCGUAGUGUACGCCCGCCCGAACAAACCAAUUGUGGGCAAAUAUGUAUUCAGCACACUCCGACAAACGACGGGCUUUUUGCCAACCGUGAUAUCGGAAAUAUUUAUGUUUUCAAUGGCACGGUUAAAUUUUCGAGUAACUUUUGAACGUGGGCUGUCGUGUGACAGGCAUGAGUGGGGCAGGUCACACUCUCAUGCCGCAGCAUGUGACUUCUAACGCUUCUGCGCACGGUUACCAUGCUAAGUUAGAGACUGGUGGCAUAAUUUCUCAAAUAUUCACCGAUCACCUCAAUUAUCACAGCAUACAGUUAGCCUUUCAGUAAUCCGGCUAGAAAAUCAGUCGGAAAAUUCGAAUUUCCCGUGUGCAUUACCAACUUCGAUGUUUGUUAAAUAAACUGUCGCUAACAAGCGGAAAAUGUUGGGUAAAUCGUGUGCUUCAGUUUCUAACUGCGCAGGCCGCAGUGUGUGUCUGAUCGGACGCUGUUUGCGCAGCGCACAGAGAACACGCGUACUGUGUACGUCAACAAACAGACAUGUAUGCAAACCCGGCCGCUCGCCCCUACCAGACUCUCCCGCUGGCCAAUUACUAUAUGUGCCGUUGACAAGAAAAUACCUGCACCAAACAACCGAAACACAGCGAGAAGUUCGCUCAUUAGGACCGCAGGCUUUCCUAUUUCGGUUCUUAAAGCUAUUUAAAAGAAGGCCAAAAGACACACACAUAUUAAACCAGUAAUUUUGAAAUCAGAAAUAAGUAUCAAAUUUAUCGUCUUGUCAAAAACCUUGUUUGGCGACUAAAUUCUGAAACUCAGAAAGUCAAAUUCACUGUAAUAAUUUUAGAUGUUUCAUCGAGGGAUACAAACGGGGUCAUCGAUCAAAUACCAACGUUCGAACAAUUACCUAAACAAGUUUCACGAAAGCGUUCGUAGAUACGAAACUACAACCACAGCUACAACGUCCUUCAGUUCAACAAUAGAACAGGCUCCGCUUAAAACAAAAACAAGCGAAAGCUCUAAAAAUGCCCUCAGUAAAAUACCUUUUAAGCUGAACCCCGUUUUGCAGAGCACAGUACAGUACGUUUCGUCGUUUAAUGACGCGGCGUUAUAGAGUUUUUCGCGACCGAGUCUUGCAUUGUAACAAGUGCGGCGCUCGUGAAAACAUUAUUUUAUGCAUCGCGCUGGUGAACCAACCCCGUGCCCGUGUGGAAGUAACUUCGCGAAAAUAUGCGCCCGUGCCUUUUGUGGGACGUUUCACUGAAUCGGUUUCCGAGCGAUGGAUUAAGGUCUGUGCACGCUAACCGUGCCUCGGUGUGUUUGUAGCACAAUUCAUCUAAGGUGCAAUUUCGUAUAAACUGUUGCGUGUAACAUACGCUUGGUUUGCAUGCAUAGUUUAUACAAAACCACCCCUUGUGCGUAGAUUUAUUACCGUAUUUCGCGACAGUUCAGCUGAAGAGGCAGUCUAGUUUGUGUGUGUCUUUUUGUGGGAUGCAGUCAGUUGUGUGCGGGCGUAACCAAACGCGGCCGGAAUAAACUCCGAGUAGAGCGAUUGAUUGCAUACAUGUUUGAUCCACACUGCGUUUCCAACCUAAAUCGCUGCUCUAAAAACAGAAGCCAAAAUGGUUAACAACGCCAAUGGGACGUAACAUUUGUACACCCCUCCACCUCUUGAAGAAUGAUCGACCUGCGCUUCCCACGCUUUUGGGUCAAACAUUUUUGUCGAUUUGUAAAAAAUAUAUUAAUAUAAGCAUCGACGCCGUCGGUGGCUUUCGAGUAUUAAAAUUGUCCAUUCCUAUCGGUAUUUAAGAAUGAUAAAAUGUAUGUCGAUUAUUAUGAAGUUUCUGUCGUUGUCGGACUGUCCACUUCGCGAAUAGUAUAAGUACGUAAUGUGUCCGAACCGUUCACCUCUUAGAUGAUACUCGUAUAAACCCUGAUGUACUCGAUCUGUCUGGUUCAACCUUCCUCCUAUCCGUGGAAUAACUGCACAGUAUAAACUAAUGUCAAUCUUUAAUUAUACUAUUAAGACAACUAUUAGUGUAGCGGUGUGCAAACUGCAAACAGAAUGGGCCGGAGUCGAGGAUCUCACUCUGGCCACUUCUGUUCAGGCGAUCUAUGUAAGUUCUAUUAAAGUAACCGUAACAUUUUACAUUGGGUAACAAAAUUUGUAUUAUUUAUAUGUAUAAUAUCGUGGUUUUCGUUUGUUCAUUCAUCAGGGAUCUUCACCAUUUUCAAGGUCGGUUCUAAACCAACUCCUCUAUGAGCUUCUUCUCCCUUCAUUAUUUCUGAGCUUUAAAUAUAAAUGAGUUUUUCUCUUUAUACAAUUUAGGGCUAUAAAAAUUAAUAUUUGAAAUUUCAACUCUAGUAAUAACGACAUAAGUUAUUUUUACGCUGAGUAUUGUAGGCGUUCACAUCAUUUCCCCACUACUGUGCCUUCUAGUUCUCUGUAAAUACGUUACUGAUCAUCGUCUGUUCAUUUAUAUUUUCCAAGUUACCUUACGUUCGCAAACUCUCCUUAAAACUCACCAAAUGCCAAAUUCGCCUUGAAUUUAUCAUUUACGUACCAAAUAUGUUAGUGUGCCCUAGUCACAAAUUUUAGUUUGUAUAUUUAGCUUUUAGUAUAUUUUGUUGUUGUCGUUGCUUAAUUUUGUGUAGUUUUUGUUAAAUUUCACGAUGGCAACGCAGAGAAAGGGGUCGCGAAUCGUCAACAUAGCUCUAAGUUUGUUUCCAAAUGUUUUAAUUAAAUGUAAUUUAAUAUGGAUCGCACAAAUUCCCGGUCAAUAUAACUGCGCAUUUCGCCAAGACGCGGUUUUCUUCAAGUAUUCUUAAAAUACUUGUCACAACAAUGUUUCAAAGGAGCAUUUUAGGAAUAACGCUGCUUCAAUUUUAAAUCAAAAAUCAAAUUUGUAUAAGUAUACCAUUGAAGAUCGGAGGCCAAGUCUUUGAUUUGUAUAAAUAUAAUAAAUUAAUGGUCUUGAAGUAUAAUAUUUUGGAUUACAAUUUAAUAGUUGAAUAAGGCUUUUAAACUGACUUUGUGAAAUAGAAUGUAAGCAUUAUGCACUAAACUAACUUUUGAAUUAUUAUAUUAUUGAUUAAUUAUGUACAUUCCAACGUAAUGAGUACAUUAAUGAAUGAAUUCUAUUUAAGUAUUUUUGUAAUGCAUAAUUUAUUCUACCCAUUGUAUUGUAUCACUUCUAGGUACUAUAUCGUUUUAUUCUUUGAUGUUCUAGCAUAAUACAUCCGAGCGAAAUUGUAAUGUGUUAUGUUUUAAUAAUUUCACAUUCAUUAAUACUUCAUUUAUAACAUUUCCCCGAACUGAGACGAGAUCAAAUGUUCUGCAACAAACAAUUAACGAGAAUGAGAAACAUAGGAACAAUUUACUUUUAAAAAUGAUUGAAAUGAAAUGACUGAAUUUUAUACAAUUAAAGAAGAGGGAUCAAUAACUCAUCUUGGACCUGAAGGUAGUUCUCGUAGACAGGGUGUUGUGUGACAUAUCACAAAAUUGGAUUUUAAUUCAACUAAAAUUGGUUCAACUUCAGUUGCCAUAACGCGCGCGCGCCUUUUAAGCUGACAAAGCUGUGGAGGAACCACAGCGUACUUUUCAGAUAUUUACACGUAAUAUAAGUUUCAAGCGAAUAUAACAUAUCUCAAUAACUGAGAAAUAAAAUUUCCUUCGGUCAAUUAGGUUUUGUUAUUGGCAUUAGUACGCGACCCAGGCCUAUGUCAGUUGCUAUUAUCGUAAACGGGGCUACACGGUAGUCUUAGUAGUUAGUACUUACUCAUUUCUCUUUGUCCUCAAUCUAUGUACACAUAAGGACUUAAACUUCCUUUCGGAGCGUAACGCACGUACGCGGCACCGCACUAUACAUUAUAUCUCUUUUUAAUAUAAAUCUCAACUCUGUAGUGAUAUGAGUAAAUGAAUGUGAAAAGUUGCCAUGUUUCGUAUGCUUAAUUAGUAUUAUGUUUAUAAUUGUGCCAUGUAAUAAAGAAAAUUGGAAAAAAUACGAAUUGUAAAAAUGUGUCAACAUCUGCUACGCACAAAAUGAUAAUGUAAUGGCGCUUGAUCGAGACGGUGAUUUCUGUACUUAGUGCGCUUCACCAACAAUGUCGUCUAAUUUACUGUCCCCGCGUAACUUUCCAUAGUUGUCAUUACAACUAUUUCAUCUGUGAUUUUCCUUUUUCGUCAGGUCAUUUUAUAGAAUUUCUUCUUGGUCUCAAUUAUCAAUCUCAAUAAAUUGUAAGCCUACUUGGGUGUAUUAUUACUCUGUCAAUAUUAUUAUUAAGGUAAUUUUACUAUGAUAUAUUAAUUUUAAAGCGAGGAGAGCGGUGAUUGUACGCACUACUUUGUAUGUCCGUGCGGGUGAAACAUUUUGAGCAAGAGCUCCAGCGAAAUGUUUCACCCGACCGACCGAUCAUCAGACCGAGUGCGCGCCUAAUAAGAUUUUUUCAUUAUAACGCAGUAUUCAAUUAUUGACAGAGUAGUAUUUUAGUAUUAGACGUGUACACGACCAUCGAGGUUAAGGUUUAAUUGUGAAGUUAUCUGAAUAAGUACUUACCUGUUGUUGAUUCAAUGCCUUUGAUUGGAAGUCAGAUCGUGUAUGUUUGAAAUAUGUAAGACUAGAUUUGCAGAGAGAAGACCACUCUUCUCCUUACUUAAAGAACAUUGUGACAGUAUUCCAUCAAUCAGUAAAGCAGUGCAUCUUCGACUUGUAAGUUCUACCGCCGAAAUUGCCUCCGGUUCGUUCAACCAGUUAAAUAUUAACUUUGAUGAUGUACACCGAUGAACAUAUUUGAUCAAUUUUUGUGUUAGUUGUGUAGUUUAUGCAUAAUAAUUGUAUUUUAUAGUAAGCAUCAAGCACAAUUCAUUUAAUACACUGUGUAUUAUUUAUUUCUAUAGUAUAUGUAAUAGAAUAGGUACGUUUUAAGAUGUGAAUUUAGCUACGAAACGCACUAUGUGGCCAUAGAAUUUUGGAAAUAAAUUAGCCCUUAAAAUUUACAGCGUCCUGUGUCAACUUUCUUAGUCCGAAACUGAGCCAGUACUUGCCGCAAGCUUUUUGUAAACGAAAUUUAAUAUUAAAAAUUCAAAUUUAUAUUUAAUGUGUACCUAAAUGUGUAAUAGUUGCACGUAGGUAAAUUAAGUAUUGGCUAACUAAAAAUAACUUGAAUUAAUAACAUCAAAUCUCUGUUGGCCUCUUUAUCUUAUUAGCAUAAAAAGUUCAAAUUUUGCAAAACGAAAUUUUUAAUAUUCUAGAAAUUGGCAGGCAUGAUAGUUUUAUCAUACAGUUUCCUCCGUUACUUACCAGUUGUAUUGCC